ACUUGUCAUUUCAAGUAAAGACGUAGCGACUCGAGUGUGUUACUAAAUUUGAUCGAUAUCGGCGAUCUUAGGGUUUAGGUCAGAAAAGAGAGAACGACGGAUAAGAUGGAGUUGAUCGAUGAUUUCAUGUCGAAUUCUGUUGAGCGGAGGUGCUCCGCCGAGAGUGCCUUCGAUCUUGCGAAGCAGAGCAGUCCUGAUCGUCUAACAUUGGAUCUGUGUCGUCUUCUAGAAUCGCCCGAUUUGAAGAAGCGCGCCAUGGCCGCCAUGCUCCUCCGGAAGUUGUUUACCGACGAUUUCUUGCUGCGUCUGUCCCCAAACACGAAACCAUCUGUCACAACGGGAUUGCUAGACCGAAUUAACGAGGAGGAGAAUGAAGACAUCCGCCGGAAACUUUGCGUGGUGGUGUCUGUUGUUGCUUCGGUUUACCUGCCAGAUUGGCCGGAAUUUUGGCUAUCGAUUGACGAAUUGAUUUUUUCAACAGAACUGAGGGAUAAUGAAGCAGCCAUGCUACUCUUUGCGGCAUUGUCUCCAGAGUUCUUGGUCCAUGGCAUAGAGAAACUAGAACGUUUGUUCACUAAUAUGUUAUGCGAAGACAUUGACCUGGAACGAACUUCUGCCGUAGAAGCGUUGAUCAACUUUAUCAAUUUUUUGUCAGCCUCAUUUCCAACUGAGGCACAACGUUUGCAACGUAUUUUGGCUAAAGAGAUUGAAAUGUUGCUUUUGGGCCUAAAGGAGACUGAUAAUAAAGAUCGAUUAGAUGAGUCAAUCAAUAUUUUGGAUACACUUGUAAGUUUUGAUCCAACUUCUCUUCAAGCAAAUCUUGAUGUGCUGAUCAGGUUGUUGUUUGGUCUAUUGGAUGGCGGCGAUGAAUCAACAUGUACGAGUUCUCUCUUGGUUUUGGUCAAACUAUCCUUGCAAUUCCCUGAACUGGAUCCAAGUCUCAUCACAGAAAAGUUGUUUCCUAUCUUAUUAGAGCGCCUUUCGGAUUUAGACAGCGACACUGCGGAUUGGUGUCAUCUUUCACCGACUUCGUGGUAUACAGACUCCUUUGAAAUUGCACAAUUGCAUAAGUUGGCAACCGUUGUGGGAGCACAAGAUGAUUCAGUGGCGUAUACGAUAAUAAGCCACUACUUUGAAUCCUUUUUGUGGCAAGAGAAGUUUGCUGCUUUCUCUGCACUGCAUGCUAUUGUCGACGGUUGCCCUAAGCUACUAAUAGGAAAACUAGAGGAGGUGAUGUUGUUAUUGUCGAAUAACAUUCUUUAUGAUCAUGUAUGGGUAAAAUGUGCUGUUCUAAAUGCUACAAGACUAUUGUGUUAUCUUAUGGGUUCUCUUGUACGACAAGAGCAUCAGCAAACUCUUUUCCCUAUACUUGUUAGAGCUAUAGAAGAUUUGGAAAUAACGGUUCAAAUGCAUGGUCUUUUGGCACUAAUCGAAUUGGUCAAGCUUUGUCCAAAGGAUAUUCAGGCAGUUUACUUGGACGAAAUUGUAGAGAUAUUGCUUGGACGGGUAGCGGAGCAAAAUGAAACUGUUCUACCGACAGCUUUAGAGGCCCUUUCUUGGGUUCUAGCUUGUUAUGUGUCUCACCCCCAACACCUCUGUAAAAAAGUGAUUGAUUCGUUGAUUAGCUUGGGAAGCAGUGUAUUAUUCAAUGAGGGGAUUUCUUGUUUAUCCAUGAAAUGCAUCAAUUAUAUGUUCAUGGUAAAUAAAAGCGAUGGGCUUAAGGAUGAUGCAUCUCAGGUAAUCAAUACAUUCAAGUCCCUGCAUGAUGGCUAUUUGACCGAAAACAGGCAUAAGAUGCAUGAUGGCUAUUUAACCGACAACAGGCAUCAGAUGGAUAUGGCAUGGCUCAUACACUUGAUUCUUAUAGGUGAAGAUGUUCAACCACACAUGAUUAAUGUGGUUGAAUACUUGUUGCAAUGUAUGUUGCAGUGGGCUGCACUUGAUUUUGAUCAGAUUAAAUCUGAUAAUGAUGGAGCUGAAAAAUCCAUAGAUGAAAGCUUGUUGAUGAUUAUCCAUGGAUCGAUGGAAAAAGCUGAAGCUAAAAGAUUAUAUGCUUGUAAACAAGCUGUUAAAGCUUGUGAGAUGGUGGGUCUGUGCUCAAGAAUAUUAGGUGGGGAUUUUUACGAAUGGGUCAGCAGGUUAGCUUCUUAUUUGGUUCCAUUGUCACAUGCUGAAGAAGACGAGGUAAGAAGAGAAGCUGUUUCAGCGAUGCUGGAAAUAGGGCGGUCAGCGAGGAUCUUCGCUGUAGAGAAGAAACAAGGAGAGUUAAGCGAAGAGUUGAAGAAAGAGUUGGAUAAGCUCUAUGAUUUGCUUUUAUCUGUGCUUGAAGCGUUGGAAAAUUUUGGAGAUACUGAGCUCUUUGAGAGUAUGAAGAAAGCCUUCGAAGUAGAGUUACUCGAGUUCUUUAAGAGUCUUGCAGAAGCAGAAUAGAAGAAAGCUGAGAAGGACGGUUGCUGCUGUUUUUCUUUUAUCUAGUAGAUAUAUCAAUGAACCUGUGUACAGGAGAAAACUUUUCUUGAGUUCGUUAAGAGUCUUGCAGAAGCAGAAUAGAAGAAAGCUGAGAAGGAGGGUUGCUGCUUUUUUUCUUUUACCUAGUAGAUAUAUCAAUGAACCUGUCUGUGUACA